AUGGACGUUGAUCGUAACGCCAGCCCUGCUAUCACCACGGGCACGAGGUUCGGGAGUGCUCCUCAAAGAGGAGACACCAGGAUCGUCGUUAUCUUGUACGGUACCGGUCAGGACAAGAUUGUGUCCGUCUUUGCAGAUGUUCUGGGGAAACCAUUCGUCAUCCGUUCUGCGUUUCAGGAGGUCAGCGUUGCUGACCAAGGGCUUGUGGUUGGCAUUCCAGCAGAACUCGCUGCGAAGGACAUUACCUCUCGCAAUAAGGAGUUGGUUGUGGCGAUCAACGCCCACUGCGUCAACCUUGGAAUGCCACCAGAUGUCUUCCUCUCAGCUCAGUGCGACUACGAGUUCCUCUACACCGAAGCACCAUUCUUUCGUCGAGACUUAUCCAGAUUCAUCUCCUUCACUCUGGGCCAGAUCUGCCACCACGAAACGUUAAUGCAGAAACCGCGAACGUAUUUCAUCUCUACUACGUUCCCAGACGUCAGUGCCGCGUUGCCAAAUAUCGAUAUUCUCACCGUCGGCGCCGACGCGGUGGAAAUUCGUGUUGAUCUUCUCAAAGAGCCCCUCGGCGACGGCACAUAUUCAGCUAUCCCAAGCCUCAGCUAUGUCGGACAGCAGCUGAUGCUCCUGCGUCAGCGGACAGAACUACCCAUAAUAUUCACCACUAGGUGUACGAGAGAAAACGGUCGUUUCCCCAUGGAGAACCCCGAUAUUUACUAUGAUUAUCUUUACCGAGCAAUUCAAUGGGGAGUUGAGUACAUCGAUGUGGAACUUUGGCUUCCGGAAGCCAUUCGAAAGAAGCUUUGGGAACAGAAAGGAAGCAGUCGUAUCAUGUCUGCGUUUCACGACUUUUCUGGUACCUUCAAAUGGCCCUCGUCCCAAGCCGAGCAGGUGUACGUUGAAUCAAGCAAGUACGCCGAUAUUAUCAAGAUGAUUGCCAUCAUCAACGACCACAACGAAAACUUCGAGUUGGAGUACUUUCGCUCGAAAAUGCGAGCAGAUUAUCCGGAUUCCCCGCCAUUCUCUGGAGUCAACAUGGGAGAAACCGGCCAGUUUUCGCGUACUCUGAACAAAGUGUUCACCCCCAUCACUCAUCCCUUGUUGCCGAUAGUCGCAGCUCCAGGUCAAAUGAGCGCGUCGGAGAUUAACGCGGCUUUGGCACUGCUUGGACAGCUUCCCAAGAAGAGCAUAUAUGGCAUCACAACACCGGCUUUCCGAAGUUCAACUCCGCAAGCACCAUUCUAUGAGAAAUGUUUCAAUGAACUGGGCCUGCCGCAUUACUUCGCCGUUGUAGAGCGCUUGCCAAACAACUUUUCAAGCAUGGAGGCUUGGUGUAAUCAAAAGAACUUUGGCGGUGCCUACCUCAGCCCGCCAGUGUCGUGGAGCAGCCUGCUCAAGGCCAGCCCAUUCUUUGCUUCGCUGAACGGGGGCAAGGGCGCGGAGUUGACUGAGGCAGCUCGCCUGAUCGGUACUGUGGACACAAUCAUAGUCAAGUCUGGCUCUUCAUCUUCGGCAUCUUCUGCCCCAGCGUCGAUUCCCUCAAGCCCUCGUCAUGGACACCAUGACUCUUUCGGCCACCUGGGGUCACACAUCUCUGGCCUGUCUCCGAAUACAUCAUUGAUCCUAGACAAUGCUGGUUGGCGUGGUAUUAUCAGCACACUGACCAGAGACAUGGCGCCUUCUGCCUACUUCGGUCGAACUGCUGUCGUACUGGCUUCGUCUGGAGAAGAUGCCGCAUCAGUCAUGUACGCUCUGAAAGCACUCCGUAUGGCAAAGAUAUAUACCGUUGGCUUUCGAACACCGCCGGCUUUGGCUCGUGACGGACCCGUUAUUGAGCCGUUCAACAGUCUAGAGAGCCUCAAGAAAGCACAAACUGUGAGCGAUGAUGCAGCUCCCUUCCUAUUCGUUUCGGCUCUCGGAGCAGAUAAGAGCAACCUCGUCGGCAUGCUAGUGCGUGUCUUUGGCGCCAACGUCCGAGGAAACUCGAACCCAAACUUCAAGAAAGUCUUCCUCGAUCUCGCCGACACCGCAGGUGCAAGAAAAGGUGGCGAUCCGGGCCUGAUCGCUCAACAGGCGGGAUUUUCGGCAUACGGUGUUGCUGACACGGCCGCCUUUACCACCGUCGAGACUCUUAGGCUGCUGGUCGGUCAGAAUGUGCCCUACAGCUUUGUCAGAUUGGCAAGCGGCAGGGGAAUGUUCUGA